GCCAACAACAUGCCAGCAAGCUACCCCUGCAUUCAAGUGCCUAUGCUGAUAUGCUAAUUCCCGAUCUGUCCGCCGAGUUGUCCACCAAUCGGCGUUAUGGCAUUUCUCUAAGCUCGGACCAACUUUACUUUUCGUGACUUUCGCGAUAUUACAUAGAAACCAUCCGAUCCGAUCUGGUGUGACCUGGUGGAAAAUUGAUUCCUCUACAGCUUCGCUCGCAGAUCCCCCACGUCUGGUCAACAUGCCAAGCUCAUGUAAAGAAAUAAGAGCCGCACUGGCGGAAUGCCUGCAAGAGUCGGAUUGCGUGAUGGUACAGCGGCAUACCGCAGCCGAAUGUCUGCGCUCACCGCUGUCCGAGACCCUCCCGACGAAGUGCCAACAGCUGAAGAAGGGUUUCGGCGAGUGUAGGAGGGGCAUGAUCGAUAUGCGCAAGCGGUUCCGCGGGAACCAGCCCAUCACCUUCAAGAGCCUCGAAACGUCCGAGCAGUCGGGAGAAGGAUACCAGCUUUACGCCGGAAGAUCCGCUUUCGCCGGCUCCGUCCGCAAGACCGACGGGAACGAGCCCGAGCCCAAGGACUGGCGAGAAUUGGAGAAUGAAAAGUACCGAAAAGAACAGGAGUCGCAAAAGAAAUAAGAUGAGAUGUACCAUACAAAAGAUUGAGCGGAUACCUAUAUCACAUAUCGCAGCAAGCAUUGGACGGCGUUGGGGGUGGAUUAGCAUAUCUGUGGGUGUCAAAACCGGUUGCUUAUUAUCUCUAAGUGUGGCUUGCAAUGGGUUAACUCUACUCAAAUGGUAGAAUGCAUAUGGCGUGGUGUUGUCUCUCAGCCUUAUACCCUACGAUCCAAAUCAAACGCCGAGUUUAUCUUCAGUCUCUGGGUAUCCUGGUCGGUUUUCUUUUUUUGCGACCAGCAGGUAUUCACACGACGCUCUAUGACCUGCUCGAUAUAUCACACAAAUAUCCCUGAUCCUAGAUGACUUAGUCGAUCAUACGCUUCCGACGGUAUCAAGCGACAUCAAAAGUCAGACUUUAAACCCGUUUAAAAUCCAUCACAUGUGUAAUUACCUAUUACCUAAGCGUCACGCCCCCCUUUAUAUAUAAUAUAUAAUUGAGACAAGGGUCUGUUAGUGUAGAUCGGCCUUGGCAAAUAACCUCAAG